UUUAGAAACUUCUCCAGGGGGAAAGUGUUGGGAGAUCUACAAAGUGGAAUUCUUUUCUUUUUCCUCUUUUCCUCCUUUGCUCUCUUUGUCAAAGAGACUUUGUAAAAAAAAACCUUCAACAGAAAACCUCUUUGUUGUUUUUAACCCAAUCUAGGAAAAGGAGGGGUUUUUUUUAACCAAAAAAAAAAAAAAAUUACAGCUAGUCCCAAGCUAAAAUCUCUUCUUGACAAAGCUCAUCUUUUACCUGCUUUAGUGCUACUCCAGACAUUUUUUAAAUUUGCUGCAGAUCAUAUCAGGACAGUCGAAAAGAAGCUUGUUCAAUUCUUCGCUUCCUCCCCAGCCUCUUGCAGACUUUGCUUCUUAGUGGGGCGUGUGGAUUAUGUUAUACUUCUUUGUGCAGCCUCGCCAAAGCUACUCUUGCUCUUUAAUUUUUUUUUGAACCCUUUUUUCCGGUGACUUUUUUGUUUCCCUUUUUUGAAAUUACCAAUCUGUUGCAUCUGUAGUUCUUGCAACUGUCAGCUGCAGACAAACCUGUGAUAGCCUUUCUUUUAUAACAAUCUAGGUGUUCUCUUUUUUCCAACAUUCUGAUUAAACCUCUUUUGGAAUCUUAAAGGAGAAGAGACUUCCCCCCCCCCUUUUUUUUUUGGUCUCCAAAAAAAAAAAAGAACUUUGUUGUUGUUUUUUCCUUUCACAACUCCUGCACCAGUGCGCCUUGACAAGAGCCUUGAAGAUGUUCCUGAUGCAGGCGCUGCUCGUGUCUCUGUGCCUGGGGCUUUCACAGAGCUUGGGUUCCUUUGUGCACUGUGAAUCUUGUGACGAGAAAGCCCUCUCCAUGUGCCCUCCCAGCCCUGUGGGCUGCGAACUGGUGAAGGAGCCCGGUUGUGGAUGCUGCAUGACGUGCGCCCUGGCUGAAGGGCAGUCCUGUGGGGUGUACACAGAGCGAUGCGCCCAGGGCUUGCGCUGCCUGCCGCGUCAAGGCGAGGAGAAGCCCUUGCAUGCCCUGCUCCAUGGCAGAGGGAUCUGCCUGAAUGAAAAGAGCUACCGAGAGCAAGCUAAGAAUGAAAGGGAAUCCCGUGAGCACGAAGAACCAACCACUUCUGAGAUGGCUGAGGAGACUUAUUCAUCCAAAUUGUACAGAAACAAGGGGUUUGGGCGCUACUCAGAACUAAAGGCAGAGGCAGUGAAGAAAGACCGCAAAAAGAAAUUGACUUUAUCUAAGAUUGUGGGUGGGGCAGAAAAUACUGCACACCCUCGAGUUGCUGCUCCGGAACUAAGACCAGAAUUCGAAUUGGGCCCUUGCCGUCGGCAAAUGGAGGCAUCAUUACAGGAGCUCAAAUCCAGCCAGCGAAUGAUCCCUCGAGCUGUUCAUCUUCCCAACUGUGACAGGAAAGGUUUCUAUAAAAGGAAACAGUGCAAACCAUCUCGGGGCCGAAAACGUGGCCUGUGCUGGUGUGUGGACAAGUAUGGAUUGAAGCUGCCAGGAACUGAUUAUGUAGCUGGAGACCUGCAGUGUCACAAUUUUGACAGCGGAAACACAGAAUGAAGAUCCUGGUUGCCUCUCUCUCUGCCAGAGCCCUUCCCCACCCAUCACCCACCCACACCUCACGAUGCCCCCAAAGACUGAUUCCUUUCAUCUCAUUUAAGGAACUGUGGACCUCGGAAUCUACAGCAUAUGUCAUCAGCUUCUCUCAGUGGCAAUGACAGAGACUGAAGGGGAAAAGGCAACCCAUUAAGGCAGAAGGGAAGGAAGGAAGGAA